AUGACUUGGCUAAAUAAAGGUGAGCAAGUACUUGUCAGUGAGCAGUCUUGGGUAGAGUUCAAAAUUGGUUCUUAUGAGGAUAAAAUUUUGUGUGAUAUUGUUCCCAUAGAUGUGUGCCACCUUCUACUUGGAAAACCUUGGCAAUAUGACAGGGAGGCCCAACAUGAUGGGAAGAAUAAUGUCUAUGUCAUAAAGAAAGGGGGAGUAUCUUAUACCCUUACCCCAUUAAAGGAAGAUGAGAGUGUAGUCCAUGAAGGACCUAGUGUGAUGGUGGUGAAGGAGAAGGAGUUCAUAAAGAACCUGGAAGAAGAGGAGUGUGGAUAUACCAUUAUGGGGAAACCAAUCUCAGAAGUAGUAGAUAAUGACAACAAGGAAGUCACUAAGGAGGUGAAAACCCUACUUGACAACUAUGAGGGCAUUGCGGUGAAGGAGUUGCCAAAUUCAUUGCCUCCCAUCCAUGAUGCGAGUCAUCAUAUUGACCUAAUCCCUAGUGCAAGUCUUCCCAAUAAGGUAGCAUAUAGAAUGACACCUCAACAAAAUGAGGAGAUUAAGUAG